GUGAUCAGAAAAUGACAGGUCUUCUAGGCAACGCAUAUAAAUGGCACAGUUGGCUUAAGGUUCGCCCGAGAGGCUGAAAAAGAGUACGGGCUGCAGGCAGCCCACCGCCUUUUCUCCAACGCCCACCUUAAAGGAACCCAGGAUUGGACUGGGGGAAACAGCUCUCAAGAGCUCCAGUUUAGAGGUCCCGAAGGAGACGGGGAGAGAGGGGAGAAGAAGGAGCUCAAGGAAAAGGAGGACGAGGAGGGGGCACUAUUAAAAGCAGGCAAUUUUGUCUCAGCAGUAUGUGCACUGGGAGCUGCGCUAGGUGCCUGGGGGUGACCCUGAUCCCUCUAGCUGUACUUGGGGCCUUGGCAAACAUCCUGCUGUUUUUCCCCGGAGGGAAGGUCAUUGACGACAAAGAAAACCUCUCAGAAGAGGUCUGGUACUUUGCCGGAAUCCUGGGAUGCGGCGUCUUGAUGAUCUUUCCCGUGCUGGUAUUCCGGGGUCUGAAGAACAAUGAUUGCUGUGGCUGCUGUGGCAACCGGGGCUGCGGAAAGAGGUUUGCGAUGUUUUCGUCCAUAAUAUUCGCUGGAAUUGGAGUCCUUGGAGCCGGCUAUGCAUUUGCAGUGUCAGUGGUGUCCAUCAACAGGGGUCCAAAAUGCAUGACAAACACAAAUAAUACGUGGAACUAUCCCUUCUUGCACGGGAAUUACCUCAGUGAUCGUAGCCUAUGGGACUUGUGCCUAAGCCCUAAAAACAUAGUUCCCUGGAAUCUAGGCCUGUUCUCCUCACUGCUGAUCAUCAGUGCCAUCCAGAUGGUUCUUUGUGCCAUCCAGGUGAUCAAUGGUAUCUUUGGCACCCUCUGUGGAGAUUGCCAGUGCUGUGGCUGCUGUGGGGGAGAUGGACCAGUUUAACUCCGUGCUACUCCCAGUGUACAGAGGGGAAAUCCAGGGAGAUGCAUAUUUAAGUUUUGGGCUCAAAUCCCUUCAGUCCCGCCCCAUCAGUCCCCGACUAUUUGUUGUUCUGUGCAUCCAUUAUUCAAAGGACUGAAGUCUCCUGAUUUUUUUUUAUUUUAAUCUCUCUGAAAAGCCCUGCUUGGAUAUCCUUCUAUCAGAAUUCAUUUGGAAAAUGGAGUGUACUUUUCAUUAAAAAUGUAUUUGGGAAAA